AGGGCCACGAGCUCGUGGCGAGGCGGGAGCCGGCAAGAAAUGCCUGCCGCCAUCUUGCCCACCGGGAGUUCAGACAUGGCGCUGGGGCUCCUGAGCGCAGCGCUGCUGUUUCUGGCGAGCGCUCGCGUAUGUUCAGAACACUACUCGCUCUUCUCUGAGAGCAGUAGGCGCGGCUCCUCGCGGGAACAGGCUGGCGGUCUGGGGUGGCCUGAGGCCGUGAGUAGGAGGCCCAGAGUACAGAAGGCGCGCGAGGCCCGGGAACAGGAAGAGUUGGACGCAAAGGAUUGUGGAAUAGCACCACUUAUGCGUAUGUUCAAGGGGUCUCGGAUUGUAGGGGGCACAGAAGCUCAAACUGGCGCAUGGCCAUGGCUAGUUAGCCUACAGAUUCAGUCUGGCAGAUAUCGUGCUCAUGUAUGUGCAGGAAGCUUAGUGAAAAACAGAUGGGUCCUCACGGCUGCCCACUGCACUAAGGACGCUACAAAUCCUGUAAUGUGGAGAGCUGUGAUUGGAACUAAUAAUAUAAAAGGGAGUGAGCCACACAGCAAGAGGAUCAAAGUUAAUGCAAUCAUUGUCCAUCCAGACUUCAAUGUGGAAUCUUAUGAUAAUGAUAUUGCACUUUUUUACUUAAAAAAAGCAGUGCGUUAUAAUAAUUACAUUCAACCUAUUUGUCUACCUUUUGGUGUUUUCCAAAGACUAAACAAAAACACAACAUGUUUUAUAAGUGGCUGGGGAAGAACAAAAGAAGAAGGUAAUGCUACCAAUGAAUUACAUGAAGCAGAAGUGCAUUAUAUUUCUCGAAGUUUCUGUAAUUCUGAGAUGAGCUAUGGGGGUAUAGUUCCUAACACUUCAUUUUGUGCAGGUGAUGAAGAUGGAAUUUUUGAUUCUUGCAGGGGUGAUAGUGGUGGACCAUUAAUGUGCUACCUACCAGAACGUAAACGAUAUUUUGUAAUGGGAAUUACCAGUUACGGAUAUGGCUGUGGUCGAAAAAAUUUUCCUGGUGUCUAUAGUGCACCAUCCUUCAACCAAAAGUGGCUGACAGAGCAACUCUACCAGUCAAGCGAUAAAGGCAUAUUUAAUAUAAAUAUUCUACUUGGACAGGUCCUUCUAGCCUUAGGUUCUGUUUUCUUACUUGCAACUCCAUAAAAAAAUUCUGAAGAAUCUUUAUUUUGCAUCGUGUCCCUUUCCAUGUUCUAUAUAAUGAAAAUCAUUUAUUCUUUUGACAAAUAAUUGCCCAUUUUAGAGUUCUCAUGUGAACAUUUUUUGGAAUAAAAGGAUUGUGAUGUAUUAGAUAAGUGAUUACAAAUUUGGCACUCAAUCACAUUCUUCCUUGAUGUAUCUUGUUAUACUUUAUAAUCAUAAUUUUGCAUUUGGAAUAUCUUCCUAGAAUUGUAUAAACAGCUAAAUAUAUAUUUUAUGUAUAUAAAUGUCAAAUAAUAAAGAGUUAAUAAUUAAAAGAAAAGUUGGUUUUUGUUAAAUUAAUAAAAACUUUUAAGUUAGGUUUUAUUUUAUUCAAAAACAUUUGGUUGUAUGAUAUAUAUUGUUUAAAUUAUCAUCUGGUUUCUGACUCUCAAAGGAUAUUUGAAGAAGUAAGUAUCUGCCUAUUAUUCAAAUUCUAAUUAGAACUAUUUAAUAUUAAUACUUCCUUUCUGAUGCCAAGAGAGAAUUGUGGUGCAAACACCUCCAAAUACUUUACUUUUUAUUUAGAAAUGUAUAUUAAGACUUUUUUUUUGGCAAACAUUAUAACCUACUUUCUGGACGUUAUUUUCUUGAAGCCCAUGCUAAAAGUCUAUAUUCCUUGGGCUCUUGAAUUAACUGUGAGGAGAGGUGACUGAGAAGCAUGCUCAGAAAGGAAGAAUACCAACUGGGGUUAAAUUUAUGAUGACUAAUCUAUAACAUGAAUUAUUGAAACAAAAAAGACAGGAUUAGGAUCUACUCACAUCUCCCUUAAACUUUGGAGAACUCACACAUAAAGGAGAAAUAAUUAUUUUCUCAUCCUUCCUUUUAACAUUCAACCAGUUAAAACCAUGUAUUUUUGUUGUUUUGUUUUGCUUAGCUUUAACCUAAUUUUAGGAUUUAACUGAAAGUAAGCAUGAGUUUCCCAUCAAUUAAUUCCCUUGGGGAUCAUCAGCAGUUUAAUGUUCAAGGGGUAGAAAAUUUAUUUUUUUAUAGACAUUUGAGCAACAUUCAGGGGAUACUGACUUUUCAUUUUCAAAGGAGACCCUACUUUAUCCAUUGACAAGGUCUUAUAAGGAAUUAGUGGGUGAUGCUUCUAUAACAAUCAGUAUAAUACAUUAGUCAUUUUCUGUUUAUUCUACCUGACUAUCAUUCAGAUUCACUUGAUAAGCCCUGGAUAUUAAUGUUAAAAAACUCUGCAAAAUGUAUUGACAGCACUGGAGGGAAAAUCCUUGCUUUUCAAUUCAAAGGUAUGUCCUACUUACUGCUUAGGUCUGCCUAUCUAAUCAGGCAGCAUCUAUUAUCUGCAACCUCUUAUCUUUUUGCCCAGUUUAGUUCACUUAUUUCAGCCAAUCAGAAUUCAGUUAUAUAACAUUUCUCUCCACCACAAGAGACUAUUAUAGGACAGAUUUUGGAACCCAAGACAGACUUUGUUUCAAACUUCAUUCUGUUAACUUAGUAUUUGUAAGAGUUGGGACGAUUAUUGAUACCUACUUGGCGCCAGUGUUAUGAUGAUUAAACAAGUUGAUUAUACAAAGUUUUGAUAUACUGAAGGUGCUCAGUUCCUAUUAUUAUUAUCCCAAGUAGCACUAGGGGUAAAGAACCCACCUGCC